GUAGCCUUUGCCUCCCUCAUUAUAUUCUCGACCAAGACACCAAAAGGCACGACGAUAGACACAAAUCAUAGAACGAGAACGUGCAUGUAUAUACGUGUUCGUCUUGCCAGUCUUGCCUGUGAGGUCUGCUUUGCUCCAUUGCUGCGUGCGUCUGCCGGUCUGCCUGCAAACUCAAAAGCGUGGAAAAUCUUGAUUCAGCUUUGAUCGUUUGUUGUGAACUCUAAAAUGGAUUUUUGGGGCGUGAAGAUCAAUCCAGGCAGAGAAAAAGUUGUGAACGUGGAGCACCAGCUGCAUUUGGUCUCGGCAGUUUUGGAUAUGCAGAGCAUUGAAGGUGGUGAAAAAAAAUACACCACUAUCGGUGUGGAGACGAGCUCCAGCAAGGGCCGCAUUGUGAUUUGCAACCUGAGACCAAAAACUAGUCCUGAGAAGUGCCUGAACUUGGUUUUUGCAAAGGGAUCAGAAAUUGUUUUUUCUGUCGAAGGACAUCAUCCAGUCCAUCUUAUGGGCAACACUGUUCCCAAGCCUGCUGGCUUGACUUCAAGUAGCUUUGGCUCAGCAUCCUAUGAAAACGAUCAAGAGGAGGCCGGCUCGCAUAAUAACUCAGAGACGACAGAAGGAAGUGCUGGCGGCUGUGCUAGUCCCAUGCUUAUUGGGUCUGAUGACUCGUCUGACCCUUAUGAUGACUUCGGAAGUCUCGAGCCCCUGAAGAAACAAUUGCAGACGAACGCAGAAAAAAGGAAACCAAAGAAAGUAAAAAAGGAGAAAUGCAAAAAAGAGAAAGACACAGAAGAGAUAGAAAAGGAUGGAGAGAUGAGUCGUAGAAUGAUGACGAGCUCAAAGAAAAAUAAGUGCAAAAGAGUAAUAGACAAAGAAACUCUGCUGCAAGGUGCUGGAGCUGAGCCAAAAAUCAAAGAGGAAGAAAAGCGUGAGUAGUUGAGUUCAGAAAAAGUCUUUAAGUUUGUGACUCCCUGAAUAUAUGUUCUGUUGACUUUCCUUUGUCUCUUCAAGUUGUUUUGGGCGCCUCUUGAAUAUUAUUACCGUCAAAAUAUCUCUUGUUAAUUUUUACGUUUAUAAAAGUUUUGUUUCGAUACUGUUCGAUGUAUUUUGUAACAUAUGAGAGGAUCACUGAAUCCAAAAUGUUCUCCUGACUGCGGCCACAUUUUAUUCCAGAACUGUAACAUAUUUUCCAUAAAAACAGCAUGAGUUACAAUAGAAUAAUUCUAGAGUUAAUGAACUAAAACUAAGCCAAUAUAGAGAGGCUGCCAAAAAAAGGAAUUGACCAAUAUGUUGCGAAACUUAUAAAAAGCUUUAAUAACUAUAAAAUUGUAAGAGUAGUUGGCUUUAGACCUGUAUAGUUGUGUAAAUUGUUGCUAAAUUGAAUAAAAAGUAACCCAUAUUAAAAAAAAAAAAAAAAAAUGGGUUAAAAAGUGAUGCUGUAAAGGGUGCAGGCCUUCAAAACUCUGACUUAACCUGAUCCUUAAAAAUAGUAAAGCUCGCUCGGGUAUAAAACCCCGCAGCAGCCACCGUUGAGCAUCAGUCUUUCGGAAUUCCUCGUAAGGAGAGGACCGGCACUGCAGGUUAGCUGAUGAGGCCUGGAUUGGCCGAAACAGCUGUCCUAAAACCAGCAAAGCGGCAGAUUACUGUGAUUUUGCCAGAAAAAUCUUUGGGUUUAUUGCCUUAGUUAAUUUUAUGUUUAUUAAAAAUUAAA